AUCGUACCGCGGGAGUCUCGCGGGCCUUUCUUUUCCCUCCGCACGCGGGGCAGAGUGCGAACUGCUGGAACAGAGGAGCAGAGCACGCGGAACGACAAACAACAAACAGGCGAGGAAACAAACAACCGGCCAAGUGCGGAGAGCCGAGCGAGAGACGGGGGAAAGAGAGAGCGGGGCAUUUCCGAGAGUUCCACUGUUUCAUCUGCAGCGCGUUAGCCCCUCUCUUGUAGCCCGAGUGUGAGGUGUUAAUCCGGGAUGGAGCUGAUAACGAUCCUCGAGAAAACCGUCUCUCCAGAUCAAAAUGAGCUGGAGGCGGCGCAGAAGUUUUUGGAGCAGGCAGCGAUUGAAAAUCUGCCCACUUUCUUGGUGGAGCUCUCCAAGGUGUUGGCUAAUCCUGGAAACACCCAGGUAGCCAGAGUCGCUGCCGGGCUGCAGGUGAAAAACUCCCUCACGUCCAAGGACCCUGAUGUGAAAGCGCAGUACCAGCAGAGAUGGCUGGCCAUCGAUGGCAAUGCUCGCAGGGAGAUUAAAAACUAUGUGCUGCAGACCCUGGGUACAGAGACGUACAGGCCUAGCUCAGCCUCGCAGUGUGUGGCAGGCAUCGCGUGUGCUGAGAUUCCAGUCAACCAGUGGCCGGAGCUCAUUCCCCAGCUAGUGGCCAAUGUCACUGACCCCAGCAGCACGGAGCACAUGAAGGAGUCCACACUGGAGGCCAUUGGCUACAUCUGCCAGGACAUUGACCCAGAGCAGCUCCAGGACAGCGCCAAUCAGAUCCUCACUGCCAUCAUUCAAGGCAUGAGGAAAGAGGAACCCAGCAACAAUGUCAAACUCGCGGCCACCAAUGCACUGCUUAACUCGUUGGAGUUCACCAAAGCCAACUUUGACAAGGAGACGGAAAGACACUUUAUCAUGCAGGUUGUCUGCGAAGCCACGCAGUGUCCAGACACUAGGGUCAGAGUGGCUGCGUUACAGAACCUGGUGAAGAUAAUGUCCUUAUAUUACCAGUACAUGGAGACGUAUAUGGGGCCGGCACUUUUUGCGAUUACAAUAGAAGCCAUGAAAAGUGAUAUUGAUGAAGUUGCCUUGCAAGGAAUUGAGUUCUGGUCCAACGUGUGUGACGAGGAAAUGGAUUUGGCCAUCGAAGCUACUGAGGCAUCGGAACAAGGACGGCCCCCAGAGCACACCAGCAAGUUCUAUGCUAAAGGAGCUCUGCAAUACCUAGUGCCCAUCCUUACACAGACACUCACCAAACAGGAUGAGAAUGAUGACGAUGAUGACUGGAACCCCUGUAAAGCAGCCGGUGUGUGUUUAAUGCUGCUGGCCACCUGCUGUGAGGAUGACGUAGUGCCCCAUGUUUUGCCCUUCAUCAAAGAACACAUCAAGCACCCAGACUGGCGCUACCGUGAUGCUUCUGUUAUGGCCUUCGGAUCCAUCCUGGAGGGCCCUGAGGUCAACCAGCUCAAACCUCUCGUUAUCCAGGCCAUGCCCACUCUGAUCGAGCUGAUGAAGGACCCCAGCGUGGUGGUCAGGGACACCACUGCUUGGACAGUUGGCAGGAUCUGUGACCUGCUGCCAGAGGCUGCCAUCAACGAGGUUUAUCUGGCUCCUCUCCUUCAGUGCCUUAUUGAGGGACUGGGGGCUGAGCCACGAGUUGCUUCCAAUGUCUGCUGGGCAUUCUCAAGCUUGGCUGAGGCUGCAUAUGAAGCCACAGAUGCUGCAGAGGAUCAGGAGGAGCCCAGCACCUACUGCCUCUCUUCUUCCUUCGAGCUCAUAGUUCAGAAACUUCUAGAAACCACUGACCGACCGGAUGGACACCAGAACAACCUGCGCAGUGCUGCUUAUGAGGCCCUGAUGGAGAUUGUGAAGAACAGUGCUAAGGACUGCUACCCUGCUGUGCAGAAAACAACGCUGGUCAUCAUGGAGCGCCUGCAGCAGGUUCUGCAGAUGGAGUCUCACAUCCAGAGCACAUCAGACCGAAUCCAGUUCAAUGAUCUUCAGUCUCUGCUGUGCGCCACACUGCAGAAUGUCCUGCGGAAGGUACAGCAUCAGGAUGCUCUGCAGAUUUCAGAUGUAGUGAUGGCAUCUCUACUGCGGAUGUUCCAGAGCACAGCUGGGUCGGGCGGAGUUCAGGAGGACGCGUUAAUGGCUGUCAGCACUCUAGUAGAAGUUUUGGGCAGCGAUUUUUUGAAAUACAUGGAUGCCUUCAAACCCUUCCUGGUUAUUGGACUUAAGAACUACGCUGAGUAUCAGGUUUGUCUAGCUGCAGUGGGUUUGGUGUGUGAUCUGUGUAGGGCCCUGUUGGCCAACAUUUUGCCUUACUGUGAUGAAAUCAUGCAGCUGCUUUUGGAAAAUUUGGGUAAUGAGAAUGUGCACAGGUCUGUGAAGCCCCAGAUCCUGUCUGUGUUUGGUGACAUUGCCCUGGCUAUUGGAGGAGAGUUUAAGAAAUACUUGGAGGUUGUGCUGGACACCCUGCAGCAGGCGUCCCAGGCACAAGUGGACAAGACAGACUAUGAUAUGGUUGAUUAUUUGAAUGAGCUGAGAGAAGGUUGUCUGGAAGCUUACACAGGAAUCAUCCAGGGCCUAAAAGGAGACCAGGAGAAUGUGCAUCCUGAUGUGAUGCUGGUGCAGCCACGUGUGGAGUUCAUCUUGUCCUUCAUCCACCACAUUGCUGAGGACGAGGACCACUCUGAUGGAGUUGUGGCGAACGCUGUUGGCCUCAUUGGUGACCUGUGCACGACCUUUGGUAAAGACGUGAUGAAGUUGGUGGAAGUUCGGCCCCAGAUUAACGAUCUGCUCACUGAAGGCCGAAGAUCCAAAACCAGCAAGACCAAGACCCUUGCCACGUGGGCCACGAAGGAGCUCCGCAAGCUCAAGAGUCAGGCCUGAUCUGUUGCUGAUCUGGGGGAACCUUCCAGAACCCUUGAAGAGAAGCGUCCCAUUGGAGUUAGUUGUGUGUUUUGCACGCGCGAGUGGGAGCAGAAGAGCAGUGCGCUGAGCUGAGUGUCUGAGAGUGAGAGAGCGAGUGAGAGAGAGAGUGAACGUGACAAAUGACAUCACACCACCUUCUGAGUAUAAUUCCAGCAGUCGGUUGCCGGCAGACAAAUGGCGCCCCCUGUCCCUUCCCCUGAAAAAUACAACACGAACACGAAAACCCUCCCCUUCCCGUCUUCUGUCCUUCUUUUCGACUCCUUUCCUUUCACCUGUGGACUGACUGUAACCCAAACGAGGACAUCGUGAACUGGAUUCUUUUUCCUGCUGUAGAUGGCUAGUUCCUAUAUAGGCUCUUAUUAAACCACCAAUAUUCAACAAACAGCACUGCAAAGAGGAAAGGGGGGCUAACUGCCAAAAGUGUGGUUUGAAAAGGAACGGACCACUUCACUCAUUCGAUGGAUAUGUGAACCCCUUUCUUUCUCUUUUAUUUGUUUUUCUUAUUCUUUUUUUUUUUUUUUUUUUUUUUGCCUCUUAAGCACUAUGGAAAUGGUAACUGUUCACAUUGUCUGACAUGGCUCUUACAAGGGAAGGGGAAUGGAAUAAAUAAAAACUGCCGCCGUGCGACAAGGAAAAGAGAUCACUGCUGGAGUUAAUGAUGGCCGGGGCUGGAGCUGACUGGCCUGCCCGAGAGUGUGUGUCUGUGUGUGUGAGGGGAGGGGGUUCGCUGUCUCUACUUCAACCCCCACCUCUUCUGUUCUUUCAGCUAAUGAGAAUAAAAAAAAAUUAAAAAUGAUACGUAGCUUGAUGCAAAUUCAGUGAGAUAUACUUCUGAAGCCUAUGUAAGGGAGAGAGAACAGUGAUGUGAAUGAUUGGCGACGGCGCAUCACUGACUUACAAAAGCUGCUCUUCCCUUUUUCUGUUAUUUUCUUACUAUUUUGUUUGUUUUACCUUUUUUUUUUUUUUUUCUUCCCCUCUUUGUCAUCAGUGUGGGCUUUUAAGGUUCUUUAGACCCUGUUCAUUAGCCUUCGCUAAGGGAGAACAUGGCAACUCUAAGGCAAAAGACUGGUUAAUACUGUUAGCACUAUUGGGAAUGCACAAGGGAUCAUUUGUCUUAGGCUGAAAGCACUUCAAUUCAACUCAACACUGAGGUUUAUUACACACCUAUGUUUGUUUGUUUUUUAUUGCAGGAAAAUGAAAAGUGCCAAAUUAAUUGAUUCUAAACAGGCUAAGUAGGUUAACUGUGCAUUGAUGCAAAUGUAGAAUAAGCAAUGAUGCAUUUGCCUUUUUAAAAUAUAUAAAUAUAAAUAUAUAUAUAUAUAUAGAAAUGCAGCAAGCAAGCCUGUAAUUGACCUGUUGAUUAGAAUGUGCUUGGGAUUUUCUGCCCAGUUUAAGCUCUGUUGCCGCACUUGGUUGGGAAAGGGAGACUUCCAAGCUUCUUUAAAAAAAAAAGAUGAAAAAAAUAAAGAAAUGAAAGAAUCAGAUGUUUGUAUAAGGUUAUAUUUUUCCAUUGCUCUUGAAAGAACCCAGAAUAAAAUAUCGAACAUUC